CGCGCUCUCUGAUUGGCUGCGACGCGCUCGGUGGCGGCCGGGCCAAGAUGGCGGCGGAGCGCGCGGACGCGGCGGCGGCGGCGGCCGGGACCGGGGAGCCCCUCAGGGACUCGCGAGCCCCCGAGCGCUCCCCCUACGCGGGAUGGGCCCACCCCGAGCUCCAGGCCACGCUCGCCGGCAUCGGAGCCCCCGCGCAGGGGACCCGUGAGGAGCUGCUGGAGCGGCUCCAGGCCUACACCCUGUGGCCCCCCCUGACCCCUUCUGCCCCUCGCCAGCUGCCCCCAGCGCUGCCCCUGCAGCACCCCCUGGUGCCCCCCCCUCCCCCGCCGGGGCUGGGGCUCGGCUUCGGGCUGGGGGGGCCCGUGGGGGGGGUCCCGGUGCCGCCGCCGCCCCCCCCCGCGGGGCUCUCCGAGGAGGAGCGGCUGACGCUGGCCCAGCAGCAGGCGGCCAUGCUGCUGCAGGAGGAGCGGGCGCAGGGCCAGCACCCGUUUGGGGACAAAGCCAAGGAGCAGGAGCUGCUGGAGCAGCAGAAACGGGUGAGGGGGGCACCCCUGGGUUUGGGGGGGCACCCCUGGGUUUGGGGGGGCACCCAGGGACGGGGGGGUGGGACUUCUGGGUCUGGGGUCUCUUUAGGGUGGGAAGGGGUCUGUGGGGCCGAGGACUCCGGGGUGGGCCCCAAGAUCCCGCAGGCGCUGGAGAAGAUCCUGCAGCUCAAGGAGAGCCGCCAGGAGGAGCUGGUGACAGUCCCGGGGGUCUCGGCCGAGGACGAGAUGGAGACGGAGCUGCGAGCGUCGGCGUCGGCCUCCGAGGCUGAGGAGGACACGGGGACAUCCAAAAAGGAGCGGAACCGGAAGCGCCGGAACCGCAAGAAGAAGAAGCGGGGGAGGGGCGGGGCCCGGGAGGGGCCCCCAACCCCGACCCCCCCCCGGGGGGACCCCGAGCCCCCCGCCGGGGACGCCCCCGAGGUGGAGAUCGAGUACGUGAGCGAGGAGCCCGAGAUCUACGACCCCAACUUCGUCUUCUUCAAGAGGAUCUUCGAGGCCUUCAAGCUGACGGACGAGGUGAAGAAGGACAAGGAGAAGGAGCCGGAGCGGGCAGAGCGAGCCGAGAGCGCCGGAGCGCCCCGGAAAAAGGGACCCGAGGAUGGCACCAGGGGCAGCGACGGGGACAGCUCCGAGGACGAGCAGGAGAAGAAGCAGGAGGUCCCCAAGCUGUCCAAGAAGAAGCUGCGGCGCAUGAACAGGUUCACGGUGGCCGAGCUGAAGCAGCUGGUGGCCCGCCCGGACGUGGUGGAGAUGCACGAUGUCACCGCGCAGGACCCCAAGCUGCUGGUGCACCUGAAGGCCACGCGGAACUCGGUGCCGGUGCCGCGGCACUGGUGCUUCAAGAGGAAAUACCUGCAGGGCAAGAGGGGCAUCGAGAAGCCGCCCUUCGAGCUGCCCGAGUUCAUCAAGCGCACCGGCAUCCAGGAGAUGCGCGAGGCCCUGCAGGAGAAGGAGGAGCAGAAGACCAUGAAGUCCAAGAUGAGGGAGAAGGUGCGGCCCAAGAUGGGCAAGAUCGACAUCGACUACCAGAAGCUGCACGACGCCUUCUUCAAGUGGCAGACCAAGCCCAAGCUGACCAUCCACGGGGACCUCUACUAUGAGGGGAAGGAGUUUGAGACGCGGCUCAAGGAGAAGAAGCCGGGAGAUCUCUCGGACGAGCUGCGGAUCGCGCUGGGCAUGCCCGUGGGGCCGGUGAGGGCAACCAAGGAGGAGGAGGAGGAGAUCGACCGCACGCCCUGGGGGGAGCUGGAGCCCUCGGACGAGGAAUCCUCAGAGGAGGAGGAGGAGGAGGAGAGCGACGAAGAAAAACCAGAUGAGACCGGCUUCAUCACCCCUGCCGACAGUGGGUUGAUCACCCCGGGGGGCUUCUCCUCCGUGCCGGCCGGGAUGGAGACCCCGGAGCUGAUCGAGCUCCGCAAGAAGAAAAUCGAGGAGGCCAUGGACGGGGGGCGUGGAGGUGGCCCUGUCCCCAAUGUCCCCAUGGUGUCCCCGCAGGUGAUGGGCCGCAAGGGCCCGGUGGCCGAGGCCCAGGGGGUGGAGGUGGCGCUGGCCCCCGAGGAGCUGGAGCUGGACCCCACGGCCAUGACGCAGAAGUACGAGGAGCACGUGCGCGAGCAGCAGGCGCAGGUGGAGAAGGAGGACUUCAGCGACAUGGUGGCCGAGCACGCCGCCAAGCAGAAGCAGAAGAAGCGGAAGGCGCAGCCCCAGGACGCCCGCGGGGGGGGCAAGAAGUACAAGGAGUUCAAGUUUUAGCUGUCACCAGUGUCCCCUCGCUGUCCCCUCGCUGUCCCCUCGCUGUCCCCUCGCUGUCACCGCCCUGUCACCGCCCUCUGCCACCCCGCAGGGCGCUGGUGCCACCCCGGGAUCGGGGGAUGUCACCCCCGCUGUCACCUGGGGCCGCGGUCCCGGUGUUGGGGACAGUGUGGUGGCACUGUCCCCGUCCCUGUCACCUGUCCCUGUCCCCAGCGUUGUCCCCGUUGUUUUGUAAAUAAAAGGUGGCGUCCCCACCGAAGCCUG